AUGAGCCCGGUAGCCCGGGCUGGCCCGCUUACCGGCAUCGAUUCCGCCUUGGGUUCAUAUGAGAAAUUUCAGCCCGGCUUAGGAGAUGAGAAAAGGCCGAAGAUCCUAAGGAGGAGUUAUAGCGCGAAAUUUGAGAAACAACGCAAACAAGAAACACAAAGAUAUGACUUUUGUGCUCUUCGUAGCUUUGGCAACUCUUAUAGCUGUGUCACUGAUGCUCUUGAAUUGAAUGCUUAUGAUGUGGAAAAUACAGCAGGCAAAGUAAGACGAUACAGAAUUCAUUCGAAGAAUUCAUCCCGCUUCCAUCACGGUAACCUGGCUGAAGUGUUCAAAUGGCACAAUUUUCCAGCCCGCUAACCGAGAUCUCGGGAACCGAGCCAGCCCACCCUAUCAUAUGAACUCAUCCAAAAAAUUACAAAGGAUUCAGAGGCAAGGCUUGAUCUCGGAAACCGGGCCUGCACGGUCAACCGGGCUCGUAAAAAGAGGCCCUAAUUGCGGCUUUCGUUUAUCUAAUAUCAAAUUAAACCGACAGGCAGCACACAACUAUCCAGAUAGAAAUUAAAACACGGUGCAAUCACGGUUAUGACCGCUCAACUAGUCAAGGGCGACAAAUAAAUUUUGGCGGUCAACCAAUCAUUAUUAUGUAAUUUUGCCUCUCUAAUCAAAGCUCCAUUUAGAAUCGUCUCUUAUCCGAAUUCCGGAAUCCGGAAAAUUUUUGCUUGUAACUGAGGAAGGAUCUAGAAUAUGGAAUCCGGAAAACAGCUCGAUCAAGGAAAUCAAUGUAGGUAGAAUCCCAAUAAUUAUUGAAAUCCGAAAUCCGAAUCCUAGUUAGCUAGUUUCACAUACAAAGAUUACGGAAUCCCGUACUUGGAAUCCGGAAUCCACGGCGUUAAAUCCAGAUUUUAAUAUUGUCUUGAACUCCCUUACAUGGGGCUAUUAAAACUUAAAUGCCAGUAAUAUCGGAUAUAUCUUACUUGCCAACCCCUAUUAUGGUAAGUCUGCAUUGUUUAGUGUCCCAACAGCGGAACGUUAAAUGUUUUUGAUUUUCCGGGGAAACAAGUGACAGAUAAGUCAUCCAAUUCCACUUCCUUGUUGUCUUCAGCCACAUACAAGUCGUAAGCUGUGCCAAUGGUUCAUCUAUUUCUGUUUCAAGGUAAUCAUUGGCAUUCUCCCUUUCAAAAGCAGCUGUAUAAUUUUGCGCAUUAUCUGAAAGCAAGAGAGAAUUCUUAACUAGUAUCCUUGGCUACCAGAAUAACACAGCAAAAAUUAUGCCGUCACAGGUUAAUAAAUCUAGUGGAGCAAAAUCAAAUGAUCAUUCUCUCUUGCUGAAAGUAAAAUAUGACUUUCUUCAGAUCUUUAAUGGAUACUCAAGAACAAAUUAAAGUAAAAACCAAAAUCUACCUUUUAGUGAAAAUGACUUUUCUGUAUAAUUUGAACAUAUGAACUAAAUGAACCGUUAAUAAUCUUUUCACGUCGCGCAACAGCAUAAAUGAUGAUUAUUAUAUAGGAUGAUGAUGAGGAGGAUUAUGAUGAUGAGGAUGAGGAGGAGGAGAAGGAGAAGGAGGAAUAGGAGGAGGAGGAGGGGGUGAUGAUUAUGAUGAUGAAGAUGAGAAUGAGGAGAAGGAGGAUUAUGAUGAGGAGGAGGAGGAGGAGGGGAAGGAGAAGGAGAAGGAGGAAUAGGAGGAGAAGGAGGGGGUGAUGAUUAUGAUGAUGAAGAUGAGAAUGAGGAGAAGGAGGAUUAUGAUGAUGAUAAUGAUGAUGAUAAUUUUAUGAUGAUGAUAAUGAUGAUGUGCAGGAAGAGGAUGAUGAUGAUGAUGAUGAUGAUGAUGAUGAUAAUGAUGAUGAGGAGGAAGAGGAUGAUGAUGAUGAUGAUGAUGAUGAUGAUGAUGAUGAGGAGGAGGAGGCAGAGGAUGAUGAUGAUGAUGAUGAUGAUGAUGAUGAUGAUGGUCAUUGA